GAUGCGCUUUCAACAUGCCGGCAAAGAUCUUCACAGUUGUUGGGUGUGUGGUCUUUUUCAUCGGCGCAAUCAUGUACGGCGUAGGAUGGGGCCAGGCAGGCGCGAUAGCUGACAACCGCCUGCUGGUGAACGGACAGAGGACCUUCACAGUUACGCUCGACCACA